CAGAGGAGGAGGAGGCCGCUCCUUCAGCCUCACUGGCUCCUCCCGCUCUCGCUCGGGGCUCCGACGCCCAGCCAAAAGCGAAUCCGGGCGGCGAGGUUCGGCAGAGGCUCCGACGGCUCCUGGCCCGCUCCUCGCCCCAGCGUCUGUCCUGCGCGCCCGUCCGCGUCCCCAGCCAUGGCAAGAAACCACCAAGUGCAGAAGGCCAAGCUGGCCGAGCAGGCUGAGCGCUACGAGGACAUGGCGGACUUCAUGAAGGCGGUGGUGGAGCAUGGGGACGAGCUGUCCAACGAGGAGCGCAACCUCCUCUCCGUCGCCUACAAGAACGUGGUGGGGUGCCAGCGCUCGGCCUGGAGGGUCAUCUCCAGCAUCGAGCACAAAACCGAAGAGGGGGAUGACAAGGCACAGCUGGUGAACGAGUACCGGGAGAAGGUGGAAGAGGAGCUGAAGAGCGUCUGCAACGUCGUCCUGGGCUUGCUGGACAAGUAUCUCAUCAAGAAGGUCAGCGACCCUGAGAGCAGGGUCUUCUACCUGAAGAUGAAGGGAGACUACUUCCGAUACCUGGCCGAGGUGGCCACAGGGAACGACCGCCAGGAAACGAUAGACAAAGCCCAGAAGGCGUACCAAGAGGCCAUGGACAUCAGUAAAAAGGAGAUGCAGCCCACGAACCCCAUCCGCCUGGGGCUGGCCCUCAACUUCUCCGUCUUCCACUACGAGAUCGCCAACGCCCCCGAGCAGGCCAUCUCGCUGGCCAAGACCACCUUCGACGAGGCCAUGGGGGACCUGCACACGCUCAGCGAAGACUCCUACAAGGACAGCACCCUCAUCAUGCAGCUGCUCAGGGACAACCUCACGUUAUGGACAGCCGAGUGCGCAGGCGAAGACGGCGGCGAGGCUGGUGAAGAGCCCAAGAACUGAACGGCCCCCGCGGGGCCAGGGACCGGCAGCCCCCCUCCCCCCCUCCCCCCCCCCCCGACACCUCCUUCCUCCCCACCUUUCGGUGUCUCUUCCCUUUUUUUUUUUUUUUCUUUUUUUUUUUCUUUUGGGAAGGCAUCUCAGCCCCCUCCCCACCCUCCCCCCCCCCCCCCCCCCAGGUUGGGUGCUGGAGUGGGGGCAAUGUGCGGUGUUUGCUGGGGUGGCUUUGGCAGGUCCUCCCCUUCCCUCUCCCUCAUGCUCUUUUCUUUGGGGGCGGUGGGGGGGGGGGGGGGGGGGAGGAAGGAGGAUGCCUCCAUCUCCCUUCCUAGAGCACUGCCAGCCCCCCCCCCCCCCCAAAAUUUAACAUUUUAGAUGGAAGCGGGGGGCUGCCUGGUUUGUGGCACCUCCAAACCCACCAUCCAGGGGUGGGGGGGCUGGAGCCACGCUGCCGGUCCCCCGAGGCAGCGGGAGGAGGUGAUGGGACGGGAUGGGGAAAAGAGAAAGAGGGGGGGUUUGGGGGGGGGGGUGUCAUGAAUCGCCAAAGCCUCUGUGCGUCUCCAAUAAACCGUCUCGUGCA